UAAAAACGAAUCACGAAGUUCGGCUGUAAAAAAAAAUAUAUAGUUGAAUAGUUUUGUUGUUGUUUUUGUCGUCGAUUAGUGUUUUCAUUUUGUUUUGUGGUCGAUCUAAUCGCAAUCGCCACCAGCUCUUCGGAUUCUUGGCAGUCACAUUUGUCAGUUUCAUAUUGAUUCAAUGUUGAUAGCUAAAUAACAAAUUUUGUUAUAGACAAACAUUCACUUAUCUAUUUCCAUAACAUUUCAUUCCAAUGAAUUCUCAUCGCUAGUUUUUUCUAGCAAGAAAUUUUUUGUUUUUAAAUUAAUUAAAGUUAAGAAAAUAUCGACUGGAAAUAAAUUCUCCACGAUUCUUACUUCACAAUAUAGUAUUGUGCACCUUUUUUUCUCUAUCAUCGUAACACAUAACCAGAGAAAUGUGUGUUGUGAAAUUGUUGGCUUAUUGUGAUUUCAGUGUUACUCUGGUGAUUGUUCCAUAUCGUACAAGUGAAUAAAAAUUGUCGAUGGUGUUUUGAAGUGUGCUGUGAAUGAAAAAUUUGUGUGAAUGCAAAACACCAUCACAUCAAUUGUGUACCAUUCGUUUUGUUUUGGUACAUCGAAUGAAACCAUUUUAAUUUUGUACAUACUGACAGUUCGCAGCAGCUGAUAAUGUUUUUAAUUGGUGCAUCAAAACUGGAAUUGAAGCAAAAAUAGAAUAGAAGAAAAAGAAGAAACAAAUAUUUCGUUGAAUUUUUGUUGAAAGUUGGACAAAUUGUUAGACACGAUGCACAAGUCGAUGAUUGGAAAAAUAAACACAGAAAUUGAAGAGUGUGUCCGGAAUAAUGUAACGUGGCAACAUUUGCCAAUACAUUUAAAACAGUUUUUGAACAAUUCAUCGAAAGACUACGAGCGAUUGUUGUUCAAUUACAGUUUAAAAAAUCAGCUGCGAUACAAGGGAAAUCUAGUACGAAAUACAUUUCGAAAUGAACAACGAUACUAUGAGCUGCUGGUGGACAAAAGUGUUCAAUGUUUGUGCCUAUUUCCAUAUCAUUUAGCCGAUAUUAUCACCAAGGGUUUGCGUGUUACACCAUUCAAUUACUACAUUGAUGUGCUCAGUUAUUUACUCAAAAAUGACCGCAGCUACGACACAUUGCCAAAUUUUACAGCUGCCGAUUGCCUUCGAGUUCUUGGGAUCGGACGAAAUGAAUAUCUGGCACUUAUCAGCGAACUAAAAACAAAUUCGACGAAACUAUUUCGUAAGCCAAAUCCAAUGAAUUUCCUGCCAAAAUUUCCCAUUCGAAUAAACAUUGAACCUUGGUGGAAGGUGGAAAUCGGCUACGUACUCGAAAGCGAUGUCAAAUAUAUAAAUGCACAAGAAAUAAGUGUUUUAGAUGAUCUAAUUGAUUUUGGUUCAUUAACCGCUGGCAAAUUGGAUCAUGAUGUGAUCCAAAGUCUAUAUCGAAAAGGCUUAAUCUAUUUGGAUGUGCCGAUCAGCGGUGAAGAUCAAAUAUGCAUUCCGCCCUUAAAAAACUUUGUAAUGAAUCGCGUGAGCGGCGACUAUUUUGAAAAUUUACUCUAUCAAAUCUUUGUGAGUGCCGAUGAACAUAUGACCAUUUCUGAACUGGCACAAAUGCUACAAAUCAAUCUUGAUACGGUAAAACAAGCGGUCUCAUUAUUUUGUCGUUUGGGAUUUGCACGAAAGAAAACCAAUACCGAUGUACCGAAUCAACAUUCGACCUGGAAUGAACGAAAAUUCGACAAUAGCCGCGUUGAAGUGACACCCUUGAAUUUUCAUGCGUUGCUUGUAAAUGAAACAAACACCGGUCUAGUCAACAGUAAUGGAGAAGCGGUAGCUGGUAGUGAAACUAUUGGUACAACAUCUUCAUUGGAUUCAUCACCAAAGUUACCUUCAAACAAUGGCAAUCAAAUUCAGUUGAGCCCAUUGAAUGAUUCAACAUCGAGUCCGGCAUCCGCAAAACAGACAUCACAAUCGGAAGGAAUAAGCAAUUCAAACGAAUCGGAUGGUAACAUUAGCGAUUUUUCAAUUAUUAGUCAAGUGCAUGAUUCAAAUGGAAAAUCAAGCAAAAAACACACAUCCGACAGUCCAAACUCGAGCUGUGAACUCGAUGAACAAUCGGAAAAAGUGUCGCUUUUAGCAUCGCCAACCACACCAAACGCCGUUGUUCGACGUGGUGGAAAUGGUAAGCGCGUACUCUUCUUAUUCGAUGCCACGCUAACCGCAUUUUUAAUGAUGGGCAACCUUUCACCGGGGCUUAAAAAUCAUGCGGUCACCAUGUUUGAAGUGGGCAAAUUGUGCGACGAGAGUCUCGAUUCAUUUUUGGGUGAAUUGGAGAAAGUGUCACUACUAGAUGCCGAAGGCGAAGGAGAAGUUUCGCGUUAUUUUGCUCAUGCUGUGAUUUUACGUUCAACAAUUAUCGCUUUGCGAAAUGUUCUAGAGGCUGGAAUCGACUUAUUGCGACUUGAGUGUUUGGAGAGUCUGGACCACAAAACACGAGAUAGGCUAUUAGACAAAAAAUACAAAUUUAUAAUAUCGGCAGCGCCGCUGACCAGUAUGAUUACCAAUAUAUUUGAAAUUCCAUUUUUUGGUCAAUUUUUCAAAAGCUCUGAUAAUUCACAUAUUUGGUCGAAACUAUUCUAUUAUCACAUGUCUGGAUAUGGUCCGCCCAGUUUACUACUUACAAAAGGUACUGUUCUGAAGUCAUUGCCAAAAUUUUUCCUGGGCUAUGGAAAACUGCUAGUCACAAUUGUUCACACCGACUCCUAUAUAAUAAAUUCGGAAAAUUUCAAGAAUUUGAACGACCAACUGAAGAACGGAUGCGUUUUAGUUCAGGGUUAUGGAAUCCGAAAUCCGGCCACAGUACACUAUGAAGCAUUUCCAUUUGGUUACUCAGAUUCAACUAAACAAAAGUGGAUGAAUCAUAAAGGUGUUCAAAAGCUUGAAGAAAUUUUGAAUUUAAAAGAAACAUGUGGUUAUAUAACAUUCGUGAAUGUUGGUGUACGCGAUAUUGGAUGUGAACAUUUCGAUAUGAAUGUCCAUUUAAUCAAACCAAAAAAAUUGUCGGCAAAAGAAAGACGCCGAUCAUCACAAGUACCAACCACUUUACAGCCACCGAACAUUCCUAUAGUGAAGAAUAUUGCUGAACUCGCAUCGCCGAUGGAUGGAUCGGAAAUAACAAGCUUUAACAUUGCCAAAAACUUGCCGAAUUUAACAUUGAAAUCACCCAAUGAGAAUCAUUUUGCCAUAACACCACAAAACCUAUCGCCGGCAAAUGUAUACCGAAGCGAUGAUUGUAAUGAAAUACUUGCCAAGGAGCUUGAACAACUCAACGAAGUUGAUAGAGGCGAUCGUACUCCGGACAGUGAACGUGGCCAAUUAGUUUCACAGUCAUCCAUUGAAAUUGAAAUAUGCGACACCGACAAAAAAGAUGAACUCAAUUCAAUCGAAGAAGAACCAGAAUCAAUUGGAGAGGAAUGGACCAUUUUGGAUGUUCAUUUUGGUGUGCCGCUAUUUGAUAUCGAUUGUAAUACACGAAUAUGCGAGAAUUUGGUUAAACAUUUAUGUGAUGACCGAAUUUUGGAGAAAUUGCCAAGCAUCAAUGCGGAUAUGAACAAAAAAUUCCUGAAAUUUGUAUCGCAGUGUUUGCACUUUGAAAAUGAGGACAUGGAACAAGUUAAAUUUGGUAAACUAUUACCACCACCUCAGAAAAAUUUGUGCUUUGAAAAUGGCAAAAUCGCCUAUUGGAAUGGCAAAUGAAUGAAAACUAUAUAUGCCAUUUGCUAAAUGUGCUCAAAAUGUUUUUUUUUUACAUAGAUUGAUUCAAAUGUUUCUAAAGCAACGCAGUUAAAAGAAAUCUAAAAAAAUAUUAUGAUAGAAAAGAGCAUAAUUAUUUAUUUUUUCUUUGAUUUAUUUGCAAUACAUUCCAAACAGUCAUUUAAAAGGAAACCAAUAUCUUUAUUGCAUAUGAACUUUACUUUACCUACAAUUAUGUGAUCGAAUUUUUACAUUUGACAAAACGCACUUGUGAUGUCGGUCAAUAUGAAUGACCCCACAACUGGAUACAUCCCAUGUUAAUACUCUGUAAAAUAGAAGGGAUUAAAUAUUAAUCAUUUGGGAUUUUUCAUCAAAAUAAUCCAAAAGGAUUAUAUUUUAAUCCCAUCAAAAUUACAGUGUAGUCUUAGUUAUUUUGUUUCUUCAAAUAUUUUAUGAAUACCACCUAACAUUAAUGUACUAUCCUAUAUAUCUUUGAUGUUUCUGUGCAAUGAGCUGAGCAUUAUUUGUUCUCUUACAGGAAAAAUGAAACAAUAAAAGAAAAUGAAAGAAAUUAAAUUUUAAAUUAAAAUGGUGCAUACAAUGAAAUUAAAACUAAAUUGUACACAAGUGAAUUGAAUUCAAUAAAUGCAUUCACAGAAAUGUACUUAAUAUUAA